AGUCCCCUACUCCCUAUACAGUGAUGCAUACACACACAAAAACACUCUCUGUUUCUUUUGCUUUUUCCUGCAAAUCUCAGAGAGGGGGAGAGAGAGAGGGUCUGAGGCGAUACAGAGAGAUCACAGAGAGAGGAAAGGAACGAUCUCGAGAUUUACUCCAUGAAAUCUUCGUGGAUCAGCGUGAUUUAAUACAAAGGCGGCGACAAUUGAAGGGGGAGGGAGAAUUAUCGAACACACAUUUCGUCGUCAUCGUCGAUGUGGAAAUGGUUCGGAAACCAAGGCGGACGGCAGGGAUUGAGCGUUGUUUGAUUCGGAAAUAGCCCCACAAGCACUGGGUCUCUUUAAUACAAAUGCUUCAGUCUGGUAGUAGCGGUUUUGCCGCGUGAAACCGCGUUUCUGAGGGGUCGAAGUGGGUUUUUUUUUGUGUUUGGGGGAUGGUCAGGCGGUUUUAUCUCUUUCUACGGAGAAUUAAAGAGGGGCGGCAAAGGACGGCGCAAUAGAGUGGUGUGUAUUGGUGUUGGGUUUCGGGAAGAACGCGAGAGUGGGUUCCUGGAUUUUGUUGGGUCUGGUGGAUUUUUGAAAGUCUGAGAGGUUGUUUGCGAGUGAAGAAAAGAGUUCCUUUUAGUGUUCGAAAGCGGUUUUCCGGGCUGUUUUUUUGGUUGUUUUGGUGUUUCUUUUUCUGGGUUUUGUGCUCUGAGUAUUGGGGGGAUGAAGUUUAUGAAGUUGGGAUCGAAGCCGGAUGCAUUUCAGGCGGAUGGCAAUUGUAUCAGAUAUGUAGCAUCUGAGCUGACAACCGACAUUGUUAUAAAUGUUGGGGAUAUAAAGUUUUAUCUCCAUAAGUUUCCUCUAUUGUCCAAGAGCAAUCGCUUGCAAAAGCUGGUACUGAAAGCCAACGAGGAGAACACUGAUGAAGUUCACAUUGUUGAUUUUCCAGGCGGACCAAAAGCCUUUGAGAUUUGUGCUAAAUUCUGCUAUGGAAUGAUAGUAACCCUCAAUGCUUACAAUGUUGUUGCUGCUCGAUGUGCAGCGGAGUAUCUUGAGAUGACAGAGGAUGCUGAUCGUGGGAAUUUAAUUUUUAAAAUUGAAGUUUUUCUAAAUUCCAGUGUCUUCCGCAGUUGGAAAGAUUCUAUUAUUGUCCUCCAGACAACAAAGUCUCUUCUACCAUGGGCCGAAGAGCUGAAAGUUGUAGGUAGAUGUAUUGAUUCCAUUGCUUCCAAGACAUCUGUAGACCCAUCCAGUGUCAACUGGUCAUAUACCUAUAACCGAAAAUUAGCAGUGGGAGAGAUUACUGAGCAUGGGACCAGAUUACAGCAGAGAAUACAAUCUGUUCCCAAAGACUGGUGGAUUGAAGAUAUAUGUGAGCUAGAUAUUGAUCUGUACAAGCGGGUGAUGGUUGCUAUAAAAUCAAAGGGAAGAAUGUCUGGAGAUGUGAUAGGGGAGGCUCUCAAGGUUUAUGCCAUCAGAUGGUUGCCUGAUUCCAUUGAUGCCCUGGUUUCUGAUGACUAUACCCGAAGGUAUAGGUCUUUAGUGGAAACAAUCAUUUGGUUGCUGCCUUCUGAUAAGGGUGUUGGCUGUUUGUGUAGUUUUCUGCUAAAACUGUUGAAAGUUGCCAUCUUGGUUGGAGCUGGUGAUGCAGCAAGGGAAGAGCUUGUAAAGAGGAUCAGUUUACAUUUGGAUGAAGCAUCAGUAGGUGAUUUGAUGAUUCCUGCCCGUUCUCCUGACACUACUGUCUAUGAUGUUGAGCUGGUGCAAAACAUUGUGAAUCGGUUUUUGAUGCAAAAUCAAUGUACUCGGGAUUUGGGUUACAUUGAGAAAAAUGAGAAAGGUGAAGAUUUUGUUUUAGGACGAGGUUCCUGGCUGAAAGUUGGCAAACUGAUUGAUGGGUAUCUUGCUGAGAUUGCUUCUGAUCCAAACCUUUCACUCUCUAGCUUCACUAGUCUGGCAAAAUCAAUUCCUGAUUCAGCUAGACCAAUUCAUGAUGGGUUAUACAAGGCAGUUGACCUCUACCUGAAGGAGCAUCCCAAUUUGACGAAAGGUGAGAAAAAGAGCAUUUGUGGGUUGAUGGAUGUCAAGAAGCUGACAAUGGAAGCAAGCAUGCAUGCAGCACAGAAUGAGCGUCUCCCACUCCGUGUGGUUGUCCAGGUUCUGUUCUUUGAGCAGGUCAAAGCAGCUUCAGCGGGAUACAAUGCCCCACAAAAUGUAUCUCGUGAUAGUUCACAAUCUACGACCAACACGGAGGAUUGGAAUAGGACAGACACAGAGGACUACAAAUUGCUCAAGAAACAGAUGAAUCACAUGAAGAUCCAUGAUGAAGAUUGCCAGGAAAAUGGGGAGAAGAAAAGCAAGAAGGGUAGCAAAAAUAGAGGUGGUGCAUUGUUGCCAUCUCGAUCAAGGAGGAUCUUCGAUAAGUUGUGGGUUGGCGGUAGAGGACAUCAUGAGAACAGAAGCUCUGAUACAUCUGGGAGUUCUCAGAGCCCAACAUCAGUGAAUCCUGGGGAGACCAAGUCAUCCGUGUCCUCCUCAAGACAAAGGCAUUCCAUUUCUUAAGAAUUUGGAGUGUACCUAGAUUACUGAAGAAUGUAAUAUCCAAUUGUAAAAAGUGGUAGUUAUUUUGUUGAAGCUAAUUUAUGUAUCUUUCUGCUUAGUUAAUAGUUAUCCAAAGAAUGAAAAGAAAGGCUUUUGUGUUUGGCAUUGAUGCUGCAUAUACAGCACCUUUUUCGUUUUCUGAUGCGGGUUGGAAAAUGUGUUUUUUGUUUGGAAACGUUGCUGUCAGGACGAUUCCUGGGGCAAUAGUAACACCUGUUUGAUACCAGUUCUCCAUAUUUGUUUUCA